UCUCGUCGACUGUCGUGUGACAUUUGUUCUUCGAUUCAGAAACGCAUAUUGAAACGCAGCGAUAAUACAAAUUACGAAUAUUCAAUGAAAAAGAUUUAAGCAAAACCCAAACCAAACCAAACAAAUUAAAAAACCAAACCAAAGAAAAUCAACCAAUUAAAAUUAAAAAUUUCAAUUCGCUUCAAAAAAAUAUAUUACAAAUAUAUAACAGCCAAUUUAAUCAAAUCAAAUUCGCCACGAAAAUCGCAAACAAAGUUUACAACAAUUCGUUUACUCAAUCCCAUAACACAAAACAAGCUACAACUAAUUCAAAUAUAUAACUGUUAAAUCUAUCAGAGAGAAAGAAAGAGAGAGAGAGAAAGAAAAAGAGAGAGAGAAGUACUCGCGUGUGUUUAAAUACUGGAAAAUACAGAUAAGAUAAAUUAUAAUAAACACUAAGCCAUACACACAUUAUAGAAGGCUAACCACACGAAAAUACAUUAAAAUCAAUAAGUAACCAGUACAGAGUAACAGAGAAGACAGUUCAAGUGAAAACCCAAAACGAAACGAAACUUUCAAAAGUGCUUAAACGUAAUCAAAAGAAUUAUUCAAGAGAUACAAAUUAAAGGAAACAAAACUUAGACAAAUAAACAACGGUCAUUCACAGAGGAAGAUUUGCGAAAAGCUUCCCACAGAAUCGGUGAAAAUCGUUAACAAUUUUUUCUCGCAAAGGCGCCACGUCCAAGAGCAAAUCGUUCCAUAUGGUUCAUAUUAUUGAAUUGGUCGGCCAGCCGAAGGUUGAGUUUGCUCAACAAGUUACUAUGAACCGUGCUUUACAGCUGAAGCCAGCUGAAAAUGAAAGUCGCAGCGAGCAUUUAGAUCGCAAGCUGUUCGUUGGCAUGCUCAGCAAACAACAGACCGAAGACGAUGUUAGACAAAUCUUCCAUCCCUUCGGCACUAUAGAGGAGUGCACCAUACUUCGUGGGCCGGACGGUGCCAGCAAAGGCUGCGCUUUCGUCAAAUUUGGUUCGCAGCAGGAGGCUCAGUCAGCAAUAACCAACCUACACGGAAGUCAAACUAUGCCGGGCGCAUCCUCCAGCCUGGUCGUCAAAUACGCCGACACGGAGAAGGAGCGACAAAUAAGGCGCAUGCAGCAAAUGGCCGGUCACAUGAACCUGCUGAACCCGUUCGUCUUUAAUCAGUUCAGUCCGUACGGCGCCUACGCCCAGCAACAGCAACAGGCCGCCCUGAUGGCCGCCGCUGCCACGGCACCCGGAUCCGCAGCCGCCUACAUGAACCCCAUGGCGGCCCUGGCAACGCAGAUACCUCAUGGCCUCAACGGCACCGGCCAGCCCCCCUCGCUGCCCUCGCCGACCAUGCCCAACUUCAACAUGGGCGCCAACACGCCCAACGGACAGCCCGGCGGAGCGGCCGCCGCUGCUGCUGCGGCGGCUGCCGCGGACGGCGUCUUCACGAACGGCAUUCCACAAACGGCAUUCCCAGGACAUCCGCUGCACUUGACUAUACCGCCACAAGGUUUGCCAAACGGCGAUGCUGCUACCCUGCAACAUGCCUUCCCUGGUCUGCCACCGUUUCCAGGAGUUGCCUUUCCCGCCGUCUAUGGACAGUUUCCACAAGCUUUACCACCUCCCCUAGCGGCGGUUGCACCCACUCAGCGUGAAGAUUUUCUGAUGUUCCCAGGAUGUUCGAUAUCCGGUCCCGAGGGCUGCAAUCUCUUCAUCUACCAUUUGCCCCAAGAGUUUGGCGACGCCGAGUUAAUGCAAAUGUUCCUGCCCUUUGGCAAUGUGAUCAGCUCCAAGGUCUUCAUUGAUCGCGCUACAAACCAGAGCAAAUGUUUCGGAUUUGUUUCAUUCGAUAAUCCCGCCAGCGCUCAAGCGGCCAUUCAGGCCAUGAAUGGCUUCCAGAUUGGCAUGAAAAGACUGAAAGUUCAAUUGAAGCGGCCAAAGGAUGCCAGUCGACCCUAUUAACAAUCGGAGUUCCUUAAACGCAAUUCACAACAACCAACUGGAGCAACUACAUCAGCCACAGCCGCUUUGCCAACAACUACCGCAUUUUCAGCAGCCACGCCCACAUCGGCAGUAACCUCCGUAUCAGCAACAGUGACCACAACGGCCCACUAUAACAACCUUGGCAGCAGCUUUAGGCCAACCCUAUCUUUGCCCCCUGAACGCUCCAACCACAAUGCCCACAUACCCUACACAUUCGCCAGCUGGCGCAGCGGCACAUACUGCUAUCGCAACAACAACAACAACAAUAAUAACGAAAACUGCAGCGACAACAAAAACAACCACAGGAACGUACCCGAGUCCCAAUCCCAAAACGAUCCAUCAUCCAACACCAAUUGCUCCAAAGUCGAACUGGUCGAGAGACUCUUCAUGUGGCAACAGCAAAAGCGAAAGGCCUAAGUGCAACAUCAAACACGACAGCAACCAUAACAACUGCAGCUACAAUAAGGAGCAACUAUUGAUGGGAUGGUCGUCAACCAUGCUAUGUGAAAACGAUUAAAGAAAUGAAACAUGCAAAGCGUAUGUAAAAAAAAAAAUAAAAAAUAGUAAACGAGAAAAAUGUAAAUUAAAAAAAGAAAACCACUUAGAGC